AGCUGUUCGUCACAGGAGAACAGACAUGGAUUGUCAAAACCAAUGUUUAGUAAGUGCAAAUAUCAAGCACAUGUGGCAAGUUCAUGUACUAAUCUAUACAUCAAAUUUUGAUUGGUCCCGAAAUGACUGUGAUCGGCUUGAAGUCAAACAAUAAAACUUUUGGCUCUUCAUAGCAAUAUAUUUCCAUGUUUGGUCAGUUUUUGAAGCAUAGCCAGAAACAAUUUGUAACUCUCUAGUUUCAAAUUCUGCAAUAUGUGGAUUUUUGGGUUGAAAGGGGCAUCUGGGUUCUCUGCGUGUUCCACAGCUGAGCAGGUUACACAGGGGAUUGAUGGAACUGGCCUCACUGGUAUUGUCACAGGAGCAUCAAGUGGUAUUGGUGCGGAGACAGCACGUGUUCUUGCUUUGCGGGGUGUACAUGUGGUCAUGGCAGUAAGGAAUGUGGAUGCUGGUAAGAGUGUCAAAGAAUCGAUACUUAAAGAAAUCCCCGAUGCCAAGAUUGAUGUUAUGCAGUUGGAUCUUAGCUCAAUGGCAUCUGUCAGGAAAUUUGCUUCCGAAUAUAUUUCCUUGGAUCUCCCGCUGAAUCUCCUUAUUAACAAUGCAGGGAUUAUGGCAACACCUUUCACACUUUCCCAAGAUGGCAUAGAAAUACAGUUUGCAACAAAUCAUGUUGGCCAUUUUCUUCUGACAGACCUUUUGUUGGAAAGCAUGAAGAAAACAGCACGUGAAAGCAAUCAAGAGGGAAGAAUAGUUAAUGUAUCAUCAGAAGGUCACCGCUUUGCAUACCGUGAAGGAAUUCAUUUUGAUAAACUCAAUGACGAAUCAGGAUACAGCAGUUUAGGUGCUUAUGGACAAUCAAAGCUGGCUAACAUUUUGCAUGCCAAUGAGCUUGCAAAACGCCUUAAGGAAGGAGGAGUAAAUAUAACUGCUAAUUCACUUCAUCCUGGGGCAAUUGUUACAAAUCUUUUGCGGUAUCACAGUGUCAUCAAUGGAUUUGUGUCUCUGGUUGGUAAAUAUUUUCUCAAAAAUGUUCCACAGGGAGCAGCGACUACAUGCUACGUAGCAUUGAAUCCGCAGGUCAAGGGGGUAACUGGAGAAUAUUUUAUGGACAGUAACAUAGCCAAUCCAAGUUCUCAGGCUAAAGAUCCAGAAUUAGCCAAAAAACUAUGGGAUUUCAGUUUGACAUUGACAAAUCCAAAAUAGCUAACCAGUGCAGUUCAAGCCUCCUAUUUAAGCAACUUGUUCUAUUACUCAGUUUGAAUGUUCUGUUGAUUUUUCAGUUGUGAAAAAGUGUGUGGACAUAUCAACUUUUUUUGGGGGAUUUUCUUGGUUUUAAAUAUUACUUGUAUCAAAACCCAUAUGCCUUUUUUACAUAUGAUGGAAGAACCUUCUACAAUGGUUUCUGCAAUUAUACAA